AUGUCUCCAUUGAUCAUUUUCGCCAUGCUAUCUGCGAGUAUCCAUGCAAAAAUUACAGGCAAGUGGUUCAAAGUAUUAGUUGCACCGUCAUCAGCUGUUUGUCUCGUUGGUUUCCCAGCCAGCAACUUGGUCCCAUCUAUCCAUUCUUCGUCCUUGACCUAUACGCCAGUGUUGAAGAUAUGUGCUUCUUUCACAGAUUUUCACCCAUGUUUAAGAAACGACUUGGCGAAGCAGGUGUACAAGCGUUGCAGCAAUACUUACCACCAAGUCUGGAAUAAAAAUAAAGAGGUUCCGUGUCGGGAAAACUUCCUCGACUGCCUCACCCAGAUCUUGUACAGCCACUGCCUGGAGGACAGCAUGUGGUUGAAACUGAGGACGAUGCUACAAACGUACAUGGAUGACGUCAUUACAAAGCACUUCAGCUGCAUUCAUCCCCAUUCCAACUACAUUAGCAGUACCAAAUUUCACAGUGAAUUGAAGACUUAA